CUCGUAAGAACCAAAAGUCAACUGUAUUUUGGAGUCUGGAGCCGGUGAGCUGACUAUGGUCGUAAUAGAUUGCUGGAUAUAUUGCCUUGAAAACUUCUCCGGAGAUCGUUCUAAUAACGAUCGGACAGACAUGAGCAUGGGUCGCUUAACCCCCACUUGAGAGUGGUGCGCAUCAUCAAACCAGAUAAUAAUAUUCAACCUGCAAAAGGUUACGAAUACGGCCAUCUGAACGUGUAGAUCAGUUUGCAGACCGAUCGCGGUCGUUGGUGCGCGUCCGAAUUUGAGCCCCACUUAGAUUGAAUAUCAGUCAGUCGCAUGUCGCCAAGCUCGUCGCUAACGACCAUUCCAGACGACCAGACGCUGGCCCCAAUCGCAACAUGGAUUCUGGAACAUUGUGCCGCACGAGUGUCAUCUGCGACCACAUUCAAACCAAGUGCAACCACUGCCCUGUACUCCCGAUUGCACCGCAAGCUUGCACCCUAUUCUCCGGCUUUCAGCGCUGAAUUCUCCACAAACCUAGCCGCCUGUAUUGCAGAGAUCCGCUAUUGUUUGACCCUAUCCCCCAAGUGCAAGCAGGUGCGACAAGAUUUUGUUCACCUGCUGCAGACUAUGCAAGACAUGGAGGGAAUGAGGCGCACGACGGUCAACCGAGCUCUGGAACCCCAUAGUACAGAAAAACGAGACUGGUCAAAGAAACGCCGAAAAGUCACGGUCGUCAGAGAGAACCAAACGGAAACUUUGCGAGAACGCUCGGGGGCUGCUGAGAAGCUUUUCGUCUCAGCAUUUCUUGGUUUAAAGCGACAACUCAUUGUGCAGUCAAUCUACGAAACACCUUACUCGCUCUCAAAGUGCCUGGCAUUCCUCAACACUCUUCUCCCCAAUCCCGUCUCUGAGCAAACCCUACAAUCACGGUGGACUCUCCCGGAUAGCCACGGUCCGGCACACCAACUUCGAAUAGAACUGUACGAUUUGUUAGACAAAGUGGAUGUAUACCUGGAAAAACGUACAGUGAUCUCCAAUCGGAAGCGAAAAUCGCAUGAACCAGAAAACGGGAAAGCGUUUGAGGAUUCAGGCCCGGGGGGAGAAAAUGGCUCUAUGAUACCAGAAGAAGAGCGCUCGUCCAUCGAGUCUUUCGCAGUUCUUCGCGAAUACGAUGCCGCCCUCAGUUGGGAGAGGGCAUGUGAACAGGUGAUGGAAUACUUGCAGGCUGCAGAACAACUGUUGCUGGAUGUGUUGAGGACCGAACAAUGUCCAACAUGCGGCGAGGACAGCUGCGUAGGUAUAACCGAAGGAAAAACGAUCCUGCAGAAAAUCCAGACGCACCGCUGUGCUUCACCAUGAUAUAUCCAGGCCCCAGUUGGAUUAUUGCGUUCAUGUAUUCAUGCCAUAUUUUCGAAAUGCUCAAUGUAUGCAUUCAUGUUUUAUAUACUACAUCCUCUCCAA